AUGAAAACCAUCUACCGCUGUUAUAGCUUUGUCGAUGAGCUUAUACUAACGUCGAUCGCGAACAUAUCCACCUACAAUCUGGUAGAUGUGUUACUGAUGAAUCUUUCAACGCAGCUGAGGAGUAGUCUUAGAUCCCCUGCUUUCGUUCGCUUCUACAGGAAGCGAAUAAAGCCAUCUACAAGUCAUAUACCACAGGUCAAAACCCAUCAAAAUGAUCUGUUUAGGCCACAAGAACUAAAGAUGCAAGCUGAGUCACCGGAGAAGGUAGAGAAGGAACUCAAGAGACUUGGUUUCAAAACUUUGGAGGAAACCAGAUCUUCAGAGGAGUUGUUCCUGGACUACGUAAACUCAUCAUCAUCAUCUUCGUUUCCAUUAAAAAAAUCGCAGUCAAAGCUUGACGAGUUGGGAAAGAAAGCUGCAAAUUCAAUUGCUUGCCAAGAUGUUAAUGUGAACCGAAUGGAGCUACUGUUCGAUUUCAUCUUAGAAGAGUCCGAACGUGAGAUCGAACGACUGGAGAAAAUAGGACCAAUGCAAAUGCAAAGGCUGCAAGAGAAACAUCGCACAAACCAGCACGAGUUUGAAGGUGAUAGAAGCAACCCACGCUCCGAAAAAGAACUGGAAAAGGCAGUUUUCCAGGAUCUGGAAAGUGCCUCGAGAUCAGAAAGCUCAACGUCUUUUAUACCGGGUACUGAACGCAUGUACAGGGUAUUGUCAGAUAUCAACAUGAGGAGAUUGGCUUCAGCAGGUGUAAUAAGCACUGACCAAAUGGUUCGUGCAUUUGAAGCAGCAAAAACGAUACCCCUUCGCAACAUUAGACUAAGAGGAAUUUUGCUUGCGGGUCAUUUGAUUUACUCUCUUGAAAAAGUACGAAUGGAUCCUGUCAACGAAUCAUUUUACAUCGAGGCCCUUGUAUACUACGGGUUUUACAAAAAAGCAUUAGAACUUUUCAAUUCAAAUCGUCAAAAGGUAAACCAGCGUUGGUGGUACGAAAUGGGCAUGAUGAUAUGUUUGCGAGCUAACCACCUAGUACAGUUUGAUAAACUGUUGAAUCACACAUUGAGCACAUUUGAUUCGAAAUAUGUUGCCCCAAGAAUCUUACGAGCUGCCGUUCGCAAGAAACUGUACAUUCGAGAUUUCGCCGGCUCUGAAAAGUUAACGGGUAUGUUUAUAGACAUCGCAAAAGCUAACGGAUGGAGAAGCUCAAAUAUGGAGAAAAAGCGCAUUGACCAGAACGUUUUCUUUGCAAAUGAAGAGCAGGCAGAUCUUUUUCUGAAUAAGAAAGAAUUGCCAACUGAAUUAGACUAUGUGGCGCUAAUUCAGUAUCAUCUGUUUAGAAAACGCAAAGAAAGCGGGCUCCAACUACUGAUUCAACUAGCUAUGCUACCAAAAAUGGACAUCGAACUACUAACGAGUGUAAUUUUGAGGCUGAAAUUUCACUUGCUGGAGAAUUUUGAUGUCCUAAAAGGAGAUCUCGAACCACUUCUCACCAACGGGACAUCCAUCGCUCUGUCCCACCUACAGGAGGCGUUUGAUAGAGCUCAGCAAGCUAGUGGAAUUGCCAGGCUACCACCGCAGUAUAAGCACAUUCUGUUCGACAGUACUGUACUAAUCGCAUCUUAUCCAUCUUUGGUAAAAAAUGCCGAAGACUUCACAAAUCAGCUAUUGAAUAGAGAAAGUACUUCGGAGCAAACAAGUUCCAGACGAGAAUACUCACUGAAAAUUCACAAUGUUCUGAAAACACUUUUGAAGGAUGAUAAAGAAAGUUCUGCCUGGGAUCUUUUAGAAAGAGUAGAAAAGUCUUUCCCAAGUGAGAAAGAAGCCAGUACUGACAACUCUGCAGCGAAUGCCCAUCAUUAUGCUGUUUUCAUUGACUUCUACAGCGCAAAAGCGCACAAGACCAAAACAGGGAAGGACAUUGAUCGAUAUGAAAAGAAGAUUGAGGAAAUGGUGGCAAGAAUUGAUGAAAAAGGUAUUCAAUACAAUUCAAUGCUUCUAUCCUCACUGCUGCAGCACUACAGAAAGUCAGGAAAUCUUGAUAAUUGCUUCAACAUCAUAAAUGCGAUUUUGAAUUACAGAGCCAGUCCUGAUACUGAAGACCAGUUUAGGCAUCUUCUCUCUUUUUUCAAGAGGCGGGAGAUUACAAAAUCGCUGUACCUAGAAAUUUGGAGAUGUUUCUCUUUGUACUAUUCCUACUUCGAAAACGGUCUUGGUGUCACAGAGAUUCGAUCCAACCAUGGCGCAUGGAAACGCAAUGUCUUGAGGGAAAGAUCUAAAAUCAAUGUUCAUCCUAUUUGUGAUCUCAGGUUUCUCUUCAAGUCGAUGGUGCAGACUGAUAACAUUUUACCAGAUGCAUUUUUCUACCAGCUCAUUAUCAAGGCUUUUACUCGCGUACGCGACUGGUCAUUUCUACCUGCUCUUUUAAAGCAUAUGAGUGAAGUUAGCGGUAUUGAGCCGGACAAAAAAUCCAUAAGAUUUUUGAACGGUGGCCUUCGUUUGGAGUAUAUCGCUCUUGAGCGCGAAAAGUUGAUUGCAGAUGGGAGAACAGAUCAAAACAGUCUCAGCUCUCUAGUAAACACUGCUCGCAGGACUGUCGAAAAUAAGAUUAAGGCUGGGACGAUCUUGAAAGAAUCCGAUGAGAAAGAUGCAAAUCAGAUCAUCGGCAAUAUUUUGGACUUUUUAGAACAUCAUCGUGACCACGAACUAGCACAAGUUAAUGUUGCACUGGAAGAGCUGGAUCUCAUGUAA